CGGGAAAUAGAAUCAGAUAUGAAACGGAUGAAUAAUAAGUGGAAACAGCUGGAAAGGAUUUCUGGGGAUAGGGUUGGAUGGAGAGUGUUAGUGGGUGGCCUAUGCUCCUUCAUAAAGAGUAACAGGCGUAAGUCAGUAAGUACGUAAGUAAAUAAAUAAGUCAAAACAAUAUAAUUUACUAUAAGUCAUUGUAUUAGUUCAUAAUGAAAAUCUCAUUAACUUCUAUUCUUAAUUUUUUUUUCUUCUUUUUUCGUUUUUUUUUUUUUUCAUUUAUUCAUUCAUUUAGAAUGUAUUUAGAAUAUUUUCCUAUAGAAUGGAUUAUAUCAAAUAUAAUCUGGUUUAUGAUUAUUCUAUUAAAUCAUUUACAAUAUUAUUAUAAUUAUUUCAUUUAUAUUCAAUUAAUUUCAUUUGUUAUUGCUAAUCAUUUAUUAUAUAAUGAUAAUCCUAAUUAUAUUGAUGAUCCAAUUAUUGAUCCAGAUCAUAUAAAUUAUAAUACAUUAACAAUUACUUAUUAUAAUUUAACUUAUACUAUUCCAGAAAAUCAAUCGAUUAAUUAUUAUAUUGGACAAAUUAAUAUUGAUUUAUUAAAAUCAAUAAAUAUUAAUAAAUCAUCUAAAUUUUAUCAAUUAUUAUAUAAUUCAUCAAAUAAAAUCAAUAUUUUUUAUCAAUUACAAAAAUCAUCUAAUUAUAUUUUAUUAAAUGAAACAACAAGUAUAUUAGUAACAAAAAAUUUCAUUGAUUUAGAAACAUUAUGUCCUAUUUAUUGUUAUGAUAAUAAAUAUUAUGCUGAAUUAAUAAUUUAUGUUAAUAUAUGGUAUUUUAAUAUUACUAUUAAUAAUUAUCAUAUUAUUAGUAUUAUUACUAUUAAAUUAAUAAUUAUUGAUAUUGAUGAUCAUUUACCAAUAUUUCCAUUAAAUAUAAUAAGACCAUAUAGAAUUCAAUUAAAAGAAGUUAUAUAUGGAUUAGGUAAAUCAAUUGAAUUACCUAAAGCUAUUGAUUUAGAUAUUAAUCCUAAUUAUUCGAAAAUAAUUUAUCGUAUUGAUACAUUAUUACCAAAUGAUAGAUUAUUGAUUUUUAAUACAUUUCAUUUAAUGAUUGAUAAUAAUAAUUCACGUUUAUUACUUUUAUUUAAAUAUGAUUUAGAUUAUGAAUAUAUUAAUCAAUAUAAAUUUUAUUUAAUUUGUUCAUCAUUUAAUAUAAUUGAAUUUAAUUAUACUAUAAAAUCAAAUAUAGAAGAUUAUUUAGAAAUUAUUAUAGAUGUUAUAAAUAUUAAUGAUAUAGAACCAAUAUUUUCACAAACAAUAUAUGAAUUAGAAAUUAUGGAAAAUAGUCAAGUGAAUACAGUUAUAUAUCAAUUAGUUGCUACGGAUAAAGAUAUCAAUUCUACAAUUACAUAUUCCAUGGAAACUAAUAUUGAUUUAAAUAAUACAUCAACAUUUUUAAUUGAAUCAAAUGGUCAAGUAAUUAUUAAAGAAAAAUUAGAUUAUGAACAAUGUAAUUUAUAUAAUUUAAUAGUACGUGCUAGUGAUGGUGAAUUUUAUGCAUUUACUCAAUUAUUAAUUAAAAUUAUAGAUGUCAAUGAUGAAUUACCAGAAUUUUUAUUAAAUCCAUUACAAUUAAUAAUAAAAGAAAAUCAACCAGCUAAAACAUUAAUUGGUCAUCUUCUUAUUAUUGAUCGGGAUAGUCCAAAAGUGAAUGGUCAAGUAUAUUGUGAAGAACCAUCACAUUUAAUAAGAAAUCAACCAAUUCUAUUUGUACAAGAAUCACUUUAUUUAAAUGAACGAACAUUAUCACCAAAAGAGUUUCAUCAUUAUAAUAAUAAUAAUAACUAUUCUACAAUCUUCUCAACGUUAUCAUCAUCAUCCUCAUCCUCAUUAUCAUCCUCAAAUAGUGAAACUCAUGUUUAUCAACGUUUUACAUUAUAUAGUCAAAAUAAAUAUGAUCGUGAAAAUUUUACGGAUAAAUAUUUGGCUAUUUUAUAUUGUUGGGAUGGUAUUACUACAUCUUUCAGUAAUUCCCUUUUAUCAGGGGAAUAUGACAAUAAACAUGGAUCAAUGUUUUCAGCGUCAUCAUCUGACAGUCUAACAGCUACAAUGACUAUUGUCUUACAUAUAUUAGAUGUAAAUGAUAAUGAACCAAUAUUUGAUAAACAAUUAUAUAAAGCUACACUUAAAGAAAACUCACCUAUAAACACUAAAAUUAUUAAAAUGCAUGCAACAGAUAAAGAUGUAGGAGAAAAUGCACAAAUUUACUACAGUAUACAAAAGAAUGAACUUAUUACACCUUACUUUAAAAUAGAUCCAAUAACUGGUUGGAUUGUCAAUUCAGCUGAAAUAGAUCGUGAAGCACAGUCAACAUUUAAAUUAACAAUUUUAGCAAUUGAUGGUGGUUUUCAAAUAUUAAAUCAUCAAUUAUAUUCAUUAUCAAAUAAUAAUACAAUACAUCAUACAUCUACAACACAAUUACUUAUAUAUAUAUUAGAUGAAAAUGAUAAUCUACCUGAAUUUCAUGGUCCAAGACAAUUUGCAAUUGAAGAAAAUCAACCAAUCAAUACAUGGAUUGGUGAUCUACAAGUAAUUGAUAGAGAUGAAGGAUUAAAUGGUAAAGUAACAUUUCAAUUAUGGUUAAAUGAAAAUAUUAAUUCUAAAUUCAAACAUAAUACUACUCAAUUAAUUACUGAUAAUGAUAUACCAUUUUAUUUAUUAAAUAAUGGAAGUUUAUUUACACGAAAAUCAUUGGAUAGAGAGAAUCAAUCUCAUUAUUGUUUUGAAGUGAUUGCAUCCGAUAAUGGUCAAGAUAAAACUUAUUCUACCAUAGAUACAAUUUGUAUACGUGUACUUGAUUUAAAUGAUAACAAACCAUAUUUUAUUGAAAUUGAAGGAGAAUAUUAUGAUCUAAAUAAAACAUCAAUGAAUCAAUCAUUAACUACAAUAAAUUCAACCUCUAUGAAUCUUUAUAACACUGAAUUAAUAAACAAAUCACAUAUUAUUAGUUCAGUACAUUUAUCGAUUAAUGAAAAACCUGGUUAUUGUAUAUUGAUUAUUAAAGCAUAUGAUAUAGAUGAAGGUAAUAAUGCAUUAUUACAUUAUAAUAUAAAACAAUACUAUACAUUAAAUAGAACUAUACAAUCAAUGAAAGAUAAUCCAAUAUUGGAUUCAUUUAAACUUGAUCCAUUAAAUGGACGUUUAAUAUUAAUUAAAAAUUUAUAUCAAUAUAAUAUUGGUAUUUAUCAAUUCAUAGUAAUUGUUAAAGAUAAUGGAAUACCUGAACAAAAAUCUGAAAAAAUCAUUCAAUUAAUUAUUGAAGAUACUCCAGCACGUGGAAAUUGGUUAAUUUCAGAAACUAUUCAACAAUAUAAUACAUCAUUUAAUCAUUUUAAAUAUACAAUAUUAGAAGCGCAUAAAAUUUUCAUAGUUAUAUUAUUAUCUGGUAUAUCAACAUUUAUAGCUGCUUUAUUAAUUAGUAUUAUACUAUGUAUGAUUAAACCAUGUCGAUAUAUUCAAAUGAAUUGUUCAACAAAAUGGCAUUGUAAUAGUAUAUGUAAUAGUAAUAAUCAUAAUCAUAAUAAUAAUGAUGUUACUAAUCUUUAUAUAAAACAAUUUAAUGAAACAAUCUUCAAUUAUAACAAUGAUAAGAGAAGAAUUAAUCAUAUAGAAACAAGUUUAUUUAAUCAACAAUGUGAAAAACAACCACCACCACCACCACAACAACAACAACAACACCACCACCACCACCAACAACAACAACAACAAUCAGAUCACUUUAAUGAUUAUACAUCAGAAGGAAAUGUUGAUAAUUCAUUUGAUAAUAUUUCAUUGUAUACUACUUAUCAAAAACAAGAUUCAGAUCAUGAUCAAAAUCAUAAUCAUGAUCAAGAUCAAGAUCAUUCUAAGAAAUUAUUUAUUAUUAAUGAUUGUUCAAGAAUAGAUUAUAUGAAAAAUUAUUUUAUACCAUAUUAUAAUUUUAUUGAAACAGAUACAUAUUGUAAUCAUAUUAAUACAAAUAAUCAAACAACAUGUACAAUGAAUAUAAAUGUUAAUGAACAAGAAUUAGAUAGGAAUGAUGUCAUUCAACCAAUAUUUGUUGAAAGUAUUUUAACACCUUUGAAUAUAAUUAAAAAUACAUUUCAACAACCUGAAUGGAAUUCACUCAUUUUAGAAUUACCACAAAAUGACUGUCAACAAGUAUUAAUAAAUACAUCCUUAGAUGAUAAACAAUUGAGAUGUUGUUUACAUAUACCACAACAGUUAAACUACAAUACUCAACCAUACGAUUCAUCUAUAAUGUCUAUACCAUCAGUUUCAUUAGCAUCUUCAAAUAAUUCUACGGUGAAACCUGAUCUUAUUUUACUUCAAUGUACAAACACUCUACCUAUUUCUUCAACUUAUUAUAUACAACAUGAUAGAUCUGUUUCAUUAAAUUCCACUUCUGUGUCUAAUACAGCGGUACUAUCGGAUCUUAAUACAACCAGUUUAAGGGAUCCCAAAUCAAUGAAUAAAAGAAACAUAGAUUGUAGUGUACAAAAUAUUAUUACUCCAAUUGCUAAUGAAGAACAACGUUCAGAUAGUGGUCAAGGAGCAAGUGAUGAAGAAAAUUUCAAUCGAAUUCAUUUAACUAAUAAAACAUCGAUUUCACCAUCAUUCAUCAAUUCAACUGAACAUGAUCAAAGCACUCAAGUAUCUGUACAUUCAACAAAAUGUUUAGAAGAUUUUCUAGUGCAAUGAAAUCAUAAGCUGCUUUGUCCUACCCAAUAUUGGGCAUUUUACUGAAAGUCUAGCAUACGAAACUCUCUUCAAGAAGAAUAUAUUUAUUCAAAUCAUCUUUAAAAAUGACAUAAAUCUUUGAAAUCAUUUGAUGGAGAGAAUAACCUUAUAAUUAAUCAUAUCGAUUCUUUUACUCUGUGUUUCCAAAGGUAACUGUUAAAAUCAAUAAUAAUUGAAAGUCACAGUU